AUGGAAGAUGACGAAUCAGAUUUGGACAUUAUGCUACUAAUGUUGGAUAAUAUAGCAAGAGCAUCUACGAAGAGUGCCAACCAAAUUGAACGUCCUGUUCGUCGACCGAUUACGGAUAUUGGCUAUGAUUACAUUCAAAAGGCUCUUGCGGAGGAACAUGAACAUUUUCGAUCGUUAUAUCGUAUGUAUCCAGAGUCGUUUGAGAAGCUAUGUGUUCUUAUUAGAAUGAAGACAUGUCUACGAGAUACCCGUCAUAUAUGCGUUGAAGAAAUGGUGGCUACAUUCCUCCUUACAGUUGGUUAA